AUGGCUGCAGAAUCUGAAAGUACGCGAGCGUCCUUGUCUGUGACGUUUUUUCUUCGGGAUAUUGCUCAACCGAUGGUAGAAGCGUGGAAUGAAGAGUUCGAUGGUUAUGCACACGUCAAGCCAUCGGAAGGCGACAUAUUCAGAGGAGCACCGAGUGCUGAUGCAAUCGUAUCUCCAGCUAACAGUUUUGGCUUCAUGGAUGGGGGCAUAGAUAUGGUCUACACUGAUCACUUUGGAUGGCAACUGCAAUAUCGGUUGCAGCAUUUACUAAAAAAUGAAUUUGAUGGAGAGCUACCGGUUGGCCAGGCUGUCAUCAUUCCAACAUACGACGCUGCAAACCCUCCACCUGAGAGUCCUGAUGCUGACGACAACGAGGGCAAGACUAUCAAGUACUUAAUAUCAGCACCAACAAUGAGAGUCCCAGAGACUGUAAGCAACACCACACAUGCAUACCUUGCUUUCAGAGCCGUGAUAAGAGCAGUCAAAUGGCACAACAACAGUCAUAAGAGUGACAGUGCUGACAUUAUUUCUAGUGUCUUGUGUCCCGGGUUGGGUACAGCUGUAGGUCGGAUGCCUUACAAGCGAUGUGCCAAACAGAUGCAUGUGGCAUACGAUGUGUGUGUGAAACAUGAAUAUGAUGCCAUUCGCCAACCAACAAGUUUGCACGAGGCUGCGAUGGAUCACUCCAACCUGUGUGAAUUCGGAGCUGAUGUGACUAAGUUUGGUAGAGCUGCUCACAAAGGAGAAAUCUUCCGUCAAAGGGACAAGUAAACACUGGCCAAGGCGAUUCACUAUUUUAAUACAAACUACAAUCAAACUACAAACAUGACAGCU